CGGAACUUUCUGUUCGCGGCUCUGCGGGACUGGGGAAACACAGUGGCCUGCAGCCGGAGGAUCCAGACACUGACCCUCUGACUCUUGACCUCGGGGCGCUCCCCCAUCUCUCAGGCACGAUGGCCACGGGCGCGGAUGUGCGGGACAUUCUAGAACUCGGGGGUCCCGAGGGGGAUGCAACUUCCGGGACCAUCAGCAAGAAGGACAUUAUCAACCCAGACAAGAAAAAAUCCAAGAAGUCCUCUGAGACACUGACCUUCAAGAGGCCCGAGGGCAUGCACCGAGAGGUCUAUGCACUGCUCUACUCUGACAAGAAGGAUGCACCCCCACUACUACCCAGUGAUACUGGCCAGGGCUACCGCACGGUGAAGGCCAAGUUGGGCUCUAAGAAGGUGCGGCCCUGGAAGUGGAUGCCAUUUACCAACCCAGCCCGCAAGGAUGGAGCAAUGUUCUUCCACUGGCGACGGGCAGCUGAGGAGGGCAAGGACUACCCCUUCGCCAGGUUCAAUAAGACUGUGCAGGUACCUGUGUAUUCAGAGCAGGAAUACCAGCUCUAUCUUCACGAUGAUGCUUGGACUAAGGCAGAAACCGACCACCUCUUUGACCUCAGCCGCCGCUUUGACCUGCGUUUUGUAGUUAUCCACGACCGGUAUGACCACCAGCAGUUCAAGAAACGUUCUGUGGAGGACCUGAAGGAGCGGUACUACCACAUCUGUGCCAAGCUUGCCAAUGUGCGGGCUGUGCCAGGCACAGAUCUCAAGAUACCAGUGUUUGAUGCUGGGCAUGAGCGACGACGGAAGGAGCAGCUGGAGCGUCUCUACAACCGGACCCCAGAGCAGGUGGCAGAGGAAGAAUACCUGCUGCAGGAGCUGCGUAAGAUUGAGGCCCGGAAGAAGGAACGGGAGAAGCGCAGUCAGGACCUGCAGAAGCUGAUAACAGCAGCAGACACCACUGCAGAACAGCGACGCACAGAACGCAAGGCCCCCAAGAAGAAACUACCCCAGAAAAAAGAAGCUGAGAAGCCGGCUGUUCCUGAGACUGCAGGCAUCAAGUUUCCAGACUUCAAGUCCGCCGGUGUUACACUGAGGAGCCAGCGGAUGAAGCUGCCAAGCUCUGUGGGACAGAAGAAGAUCAAGGCCCUGGAGCAGAUGCUACUGGAGCUUGGUGUGGAGCUGAGCCCGACACCCACAGAAGAGCUGGUGCAUAUGUUCAAUGAACUGCGAAGUGACUUGGUGCUGCUCUACGAGCUCAAGCAGGCCUGUGCCAACUGCGAAUAUGAGCUACAGAUGCUGCGGCACCGGCACGAGGCGCUGGCCCGGGCUGGUGUGCUGGGGGGUCCUGCCACACCAGCAUCAGGCCCAGCCCCAGUCUCUGCUGAGCCUGCAGUGCCUGAACCUGGCCUGGGGCCUGACCCUACCAAGGACACGAUCAUUGACGUGGUGGGCGCACCCCUCACACCCAAUUCGAGGAAGCGUCGUGAAUCGGCCUCCAGUUCCUCUUCUGUGAAGAAAGCCAAGAAACCAUGAAAGGCCACCCAGGGUGUGGGUGAUACUUAUGUGUAAAUAUAGCUGCUGAGUUGGACUGGA